GGGAGAAUAAGAAAAUAAGGUAAACGAAACUCAAUAACGGACCAGUGCCGUGCUAGUUGAGUGCUGAGAGACUAAAAUUUGAAUUUUGUUUCCCCUUAAACUGUUAGAUCUCCAUUCUAUUUUCAACUUGUUCUCCGAUCCGGGUUUGUAAUUCAUCAUUUUCCUGGAUUGGUGAGACGAAAUGGCUGCUCCACCUGCUAGAGCUCGUGCCGAUUACGAUCACCUCAUCAAAUUACUCUUGAUCGGCGAUAGCGGUGUGGGUAAAAGUUGCCUUCUUUUACGUUUCUCGGAUGGAUCCUUCACCACCAGCUUCAUUACCACUAUUGGCAUUGAUUUCAAGAUAAAGACCGUAGAACUUGACGGCAAGCGAAUCAAACUGCAAAUUUGGGAUACUGCUGGCCAGGAGCGGUUCCGAACAAUUACAACUGCUUACUACCGCGGAGCCAUGGGUAUCUUGCUGGUAUAUGAUGUGACUGAUGAGUCAUCUUUUAACAACAUCAGGAAUUGGAUCCGGAACAUUGAACAACAUGCUUCUGACAAUGUCAACAAAAUACUUGUGGGAAACAAGGCUGAUAUGGAUGAAAGCAAACGGGCUGUUCCUACAUCCAAAGGUCAAGCACUAGCUGAUGAAUAUGGCAUUAAAUUCUUUGAGACUAGUGCCAAAACGAAUAUGAAUGUUCAGGAGGCUUUCUUUUCAAUAGCCCGGGAUAUAAAGCAAAGAAUUGCUGAAUCUGACUCAAAGGCUGAGCCUCAGACCAUCAAGAUUAAUCAACCCGACCAGACAGCAGGAGGUGCUCAAUCUGCCCAAAAAUCAGCUUGCUGUGGUUCUUAAUAGAUUGGUGGGAUAAAAAUAGGAUGAUGGAGAAUACAUUAAACUCUUUAAGUUACCGUUGGAUGGGAGGACAAAUUAAUCUUUGCCAUGACAUACUUUGUGGAAGCUAUAUUAUAUUUCUUGUUUAUUAUUUCUGGCUUACAAGAGAACUGGAAGAGCUGUUUGUCGUCCUUUUUAUCCAGCCUUCUCUGAGUGUUCUUCGACUGGAUAACACUGUUGUUAGAGAAAAGGGGAAACAAGUGAUCGAGAUGGAAAUCAAGUAGACAUUUGACCAUCCGAAAACAAUUAAGUUACUUCUAAAAUGAUAAAAGGUUUAAUAUAUACUGUUCACAUA